AUGCCUUUGUCACACCAUCAGCCAUACUCUCCUGGCCUCUGACCACAACGACAGAGUGCUAGCCUGGACUAGCAGACCGUACCUCCUCCAUGGCCCAGUUCCCCGGCGCCCGAUAUCAUGGCUGCUGAAGCUUUGACGAAAAGUGCUCUCGAUAUGAGAAAGCAAAGCACGAGUGCCCUCAGUCGUUGUCGCGAUGGACAUCGACGACGCGUCUUCUGUAACAGGCAGGUUCGCCGAGCGCAUUCCGUCUCUUCUUUGACCAUGUACCUUAGAUUUCUGUGUACCUUACAGUAAUCGUCACAACUCGCUCGGAGAUGAAACCUUUCAAGCCUCCAUCCCGGGCAGGCGCACAAUGGUUCUCGGCUGGUCUCGCUUCAUCUUUCCCCGAUCUUGAGUCCGACGAUGACAACAACCUGUCGGAACUUCGCAUCUGCAAUGGAGACCUUACACCAGGAUGCAAGGUCUUCCAGGUUCCUAGGGAGGCGGAUUCGGCGAUGACUCAACUGGCAGUUGCACCUGAUGACCAAGAGUCAUUUGAUGUUGGAGGAGGUCUCAAGGAUCAAGUGCUCAUCUUUCAGUACAAGGGCACAUUUCAUGCUAUUGAUCAUAAAUGCCCUCACGCAUCAUUUCCUCUGUCACAGGGCAACCCUUUUGACAUUGAAGAUUUUGGAGUCAUUCUCAGCGCUGGGCUCACCUGUUCAAAGCACGGCUGGUCUUUCGACCUCUUCUCUGGAAUGUCAGACCGUGGGAAGUACAAAUUGUCAGUCUGGGAGGUUCAAUUGCAUGAGACUACAUCAACUGACGAGGCUGACAAGGCGGACAAUGCCUUGAAGAGCACGGCUAGGGAAGUUUGGGUGAGGAGAAAACAACGAAUCGGUUAGAGUGAUCGAUUCGUGAUCUUCAACGGCUCGGACAACGAUUGUGCGGGAGCCGAGUUACUGUGG